UGGCGACGAUUCAUGUAUCGUAGUAGCUUUAACGCCCACAUUCAUGUAAUCUUCAUUAAAAUUGAUACGCUAUAUUAAACAUGGCAAAUUUCGUAAGUUCGUCGGGUGGUCCUAUUAGGCCACCAAGGACCUUUAAGACAACAAAAGACUCGAAUGGCCUACUUAUUUCAGUCAUUCGAUCGCUUUCAGCGAGCCAAAGCAGCGCCGAUCGUGACAAGGAGAAAGCGAAAUUGGAGAAAGAAUUCAAGAGAAGUGAUCAAAAAUUGGAUGACUUGGUUUCACAAAAUAAAGAAGACCUAACGAAGGCAAUGCAAGAUUUCAGCAAGAUAUCAUCCAAAAUAUCAAUGUCCAGAGAGAAAAUCCACUCCCUCAAGGAAAAACUCACAACAUGCAAGGUUCUGCUGCACUGCAAGCGAGAUGAACUGAAGAAGUUAUGGCUUGAAGCAAUUGAGCACAAGCAUGUGCUGCAGCUGUUGGAAGAGAUCGAGUCUCUCGUUGAAGUGCCAGACAAGGUCAACACGUUCCUAAACAAGAAGCAGUAUCUUCAUGCGACAAAGCUUCUUGUGUCGUCUGUGUCCCUCGUCGAAGGAAGUCUAGAAGGCGUCGAAGCGCUCAAAGAUGUAAAAGCGAAACUUAUUUACAAAAAAGAACACAUGCAUGAAGUGCUCGUGGAAGAGCUCCAUCGACACGUAUACCUGCGAACAACCAACGAAGCUUUGCAGACGUUUCGGCGUCAGGGCUCGGAUCGUCGCUUGCAAAAUGUUGGGAGCCCAGCGGGAAAGGCAGCCCCUCGAAACACGUCUACGUCUUCCCUAAUGAAUGGAGCCACUGGGGACAACAGAGGUCCCACUGCGGGUGAAGAUCACCUCGACCUGCUCAAGCUUGAGGAAAGUGGCAUAGCCGACAGCAGUCUUCACAGCUCAAAGUACGUUGCCAUACUUGUUGAGUGCCUCGCACUUUUGCACAAGACCCCCGAAAUGAUCGAGACAAUCAAGGAUAGAGGCCAGACGGAACUGUUGUCAAUGGUGUGGAGAACAACGCAGUUCCUUCUGGACAAUAGCCAGAAUAUUUCUAGUCAGCCAGCAGUCUCUCAACCUCGACUUCUACUAGACCUGCUAGACCUGCUAUUUGAUCAGUUUCAUAGCGUGGUGGCGUGUCAUGAAUGCAUACUAGCAAACGUACGGCGUGUCACUGUUGGCCAAAAUGAAACUGAAACUGCUACGUACAGUGUGGCAGACGUUUGGACGUGGGCACAGUGUGUGAUGAAAUAUGUCAUUGGAAAAUACCUCGACAUUCAUAACACCGGGUCCACCCAGCAAGCUCCACCACCAGCAUUCACUGAAGUGGUGGCCACAAAUGACAUUGCGUCAUAUUUCACAAGAAGAAGAAACAUCAAGCAAAAGAAAUUCGCAUUAUUUCGGUUCGACUGCUCUUCUCAUGCGAUCAGCAUGAAUACGUACUUGAAGGAGAAAAAGAAAGAGGAAAUGGAAGAAAUGAAAAAUGAACAGUGUGACUAUGUGGAAGUGGGAGAUAGCCGCCAAAGACUGGUCUGUGCUCCAACGUGCAAAAACAUUACAUACAUCUUCAAGCCACUCAUGGUUUUUAUUGAAGAAGUGGAGCGAGUGUUGAAGCUGGAAGAUGGUAAUCACUGUAGUUUGUACGAACACCUGGUCGAGUGCGUCAACAUUUUUCUGUCGCACAUCAGCAAUGAGCUUGAGAACACAAUUGAGAGCGCCACCAAGAGCCUCGAAACGUGGAAGGUAAUCUCUGAGCCGGAAACUCUAAAACACUAUGCAGCACAGAGACCUCUACUGCAGAGUGCAGUCUGUGUUGACCAUAGUCUUCAGGGACUCCAAGAGCUCAUGCAGGCAUUACCCAUGUACCUUGGACAUUUUCUAAAUUUGGCAAGCAACAUUCUGCAAAGCUACAAAGAGACAAGUCAGGCCGCAUACAGAGGUGUGGUUCAACCUGAGUCUGAAGACAAACGAAUUAUCAGUGCAACGUGGGCAAAAGAUGAAGAUAUUAGCAGGUUCCUCAUGUCCUUACCCAACUGGGCUAACCUCCAACACCUGAAAGAGAACAAGGGAAGUGUGGACGUUGAAGAAUCGCCCGAGGAAGUACGCCUGCGGAAUAAGAAGGAGUCCGAAAUUCUCAUCCGCAACCUGACGGGAGGCAUGCUCAUACCGCAGCACGAAAUCUUGUCCGAUGUUGCACAACUCAGGGUAUUAGCACAGUUGCAGGAAAGCCUUGAAUGGCUCAGCUCUCGCAUCCAAGCCGUUGCUAGCUGUGCCGUUCAGCUUCAGCAACAGAAAGGCCUUUCCCCCGUUGCAUCCAAAGCCGUGGCGCAGGAAGCUACCCCUGGUGUGCAAGAUGUAACAGUCCACACGCUCAAAGACCUAGCGAAGGAUUUCCAGGAAAUUGCUGACACGUGUCUGUUGGUUUUGCAUCUCGAGGUUCGGGUGCACUGUUUUUAUUAUCUUCUGCCUGUGACAGUCCAAGGCAACUUUGCCAGCGGGGUCGAUAAUCAAGAGCCCGACCCUGAGGUCACAAGACUUAACAAGGACCUUUCUGCUAUUGAUGAAGCAAUGACCGCUUGCUUACAGCAGAGGAAGCACAGAUACAUAUUUGAAGGUUUGGGGCACCUUAUCGCUUCCAUUUUAAUCACCAGCACGUCUAGAAUACAAAGGGUCAAUGAGAACGGCAUAAAGAAAGUUUGCAGAAACAUCUUUGCCAUUCAGCAGAACAUAACAAGUAUUACAAUGAACCGUGAGGUUGCAUUAGACCAUGCACGGCAGUACUUUGAGCUAUUUUAUCACACACCCGAGGAUGUUUUAAACCUCAUAGUUGAACAUGGCUCCCAGUUUCAAGAGAGGGAGUACGAGAAUGUUCUACAACUCUUACACAAGAGCCUGCCAAGCACUGAUCGCGACCCAGAAGUUCUGAAGGUGUUACUAUCCAGGCUGAGAGACAUUCUUAAUGAGGUCGCCGUUGCAGUAUAGGACUGGAGUUUGUGCUAUGUGAAUAGGGUCACAAUGAGACAGAGAGAGCUGUUGUUAUUGUUAUACAGACCAUCUUUUGUAACUGCUGCUUGAUGCAUGCAUUAUUUUGCAUUAAAUUACAAAGAUAGAAAA